CGGCGUGACAUGAAUGUGAAUUUUUGAGUACAGUCGUCGCGAGGCAUGUCGCACCUCCAUCGCGAGCCUUUCUCUAAUAGGUCCUGCUAGUUAUGCUUCGGCACAACGACAGUAGAUAUGCGUACAUUUGGCUUGUUUCCUGCGUUCUUCUUGUCCUGUUGUUGCGUGAAGGAAUGGCAGAACGAGAAUGGUCAAGAUCAGUCCGUGAUCUCGUGCUGUGCGCAGACGGGUUCGGAGGCGACGUCACUGGUGGGUAUUCUGGACCCCUCUUUUGGGUCACGACUCUCUCGGAUUCCGGACCUGGUAGCUUAAGGGAGGGAGCAGUGAUUCACGGCUCGCGCUGGAUUCUGUUCAACGUUUCUGGUACAAUCUGCCUGUCUAAUCCCAUCGGCAUUGCGUCCAAUAAGACAAUUGACGGCCGUGGUCAACGGGUCGUUAUCUCCUGCAAUGGACUUCAUAUCAGGAAUGGUGCCAAGAACAUAAUCAUCAACAACCUCAUAUUAUGGAGGGGAGGAGAGGAUGGCAUUCAACUGAAAUACGGGGCACAGCGAGUUUGGAUUAACCAUGUGACGAUUGGAAGAUGGGGAGAUGGUGCGAUUGAUGUAACACGUGGGUCCACAGAUGUGACGAUAUCUCGAAGCCUGUUUCACCACCAUAACAAAGUUAUGCUUGUUGGCUCGCAGACAGAUGCUGAAGAGGACAAGGACUAUCCUGUGAAUCUUCACGUCAGCAUUCAUAGUAAUUGGUUUGCUGGGACAGUUCAGCGCCAUCCUCGAGUUGUGGCAGGGUUGGUCCACGUAUACAAUAACGUCUUCCAGCAUUGGGGACUCUAUGGAGUUGGUAGUACCUGCCAUGCUCAGAUUGCACUGGAGAGCAACAUUUUCCUUGCAGGCAGGUCACUUUCAGGCGCUCGAAUAUUUGAUCGGCUGGACUGGCCUGGUAGCUAUGGAAGGACUCGGUCUGCUGGAGAUUUGCUUAUUGAUGGAGCACAUCUUCACGAGUACAAUCCAGAUCAUGUGUUCAACCCUCAAGACUAUUACAAUUAUUCUGCAGCUGAAGCUACUGCAGAUUUGAUGAUUGAUGUAGCCAGUAUUGCUGGUUGGCGUAGUGUGAACCUUUCAUCAAAGAUUGGCAAAAGAUGCUGAGCUGAAAUACCGUAAUCCCCCGUAUAUAACUGUCAAAUAUAUGCAUAACUCAUAA